AUGUGCCACCAAAAGCCAGUGGUCCCUCCUAUGGGCAACCUUAGCGUUUUCCCACCAGAGAUUAUCUUCAAGAUCCUAGAUGCGCUCUUGGAAAGCUCGCCCAGAUUGACACACGAGAACUUUCAUUCUAUCAACCAGCUGAUGAAGACUAACAAAACACUAGAAGAAUUUAUCAAAGUCGGAUGGAUGGGUAGUAAUUCACCAAACAGCCUCAAGCAGCGCGUGAAUACCGUCCAAUGGUACCCGAAUGUCGAUGUUGCGAAAGCGGCUCUGGCCCUUCAAGGCGUAGACCUCAGCCACGUCAUGCCUAUUGGAGGCCCCCCCAGCCUAGGUCCCGAUCUCAUCACCGGUAUCAUUCUCGACGACUGCACUGAUUGCUUCGACUGGUUCACAGAGAUGGUGCCUGAAGCUGAUCUCAAAUGUUGCAACGAGGGUGCUUGGCCAUUCCAUACUCUGGCAGAGUACGCGAAAGCUGGUAAGCUACUUGAUCGUUUCUCGCGUCUCCCAGGAUUACCGGUAGACUUUUUCGACUACCGGCACACUUUUAGCUAA